AUCCCACAGGAUCUACGGCAAUGAGAUAAAUGAUUUCAAACGGUUUCCCUCCACCAUGGGCCGCCAUCGCAAUGCUGAAAAGUCCUUACAGGACCAAACAAACAUUUUGCCAAUCGGCCAGCUGAUCAUAGUUUUCUCUGGACUGGCCUUUUCCUUACUCAUUUGCUUUAUUGACCAAAAUGGUAUCAGUGUCGCUCUUCCGACUAUCAGCAAAGAGCUAAAUGCCGAACAAACCAUCUCUUGGGCAGGAACAUCUGCGCUUAUUGCAAAUACUGUUUGCACCGUUUUGUAUGGUCGAUUAUCUGACAUAUUCGGCCGCAAAAGCGUUUAUCUUAGCGUUCUUAUACUCUUAUCCAUUGCUGAUCUGCUAUGCGGACUAAGCCAAAAUGCUUCGAUGCUAUAUGUCUUUCGUGCACUGGCGGGUAUUGCCACCGGAGGCAUAACAAAUAUGACUAUGAUUAUCGUCAGUGACGUUGUGACGCUUCAGGACAGAGGAAAAUAUCAAGGUAUUCUAGGUUCGUGCGUUGGGCUGGGUAAUGUUAUUGGACCGUUCAUCUCAGCAGCUUUUGUACAACGUGCGUCCUGGAGAGAUAUCUUUUACUUGCUUUGCCCGUGGGCGGCGGUGUGUGCCAUCAUCGCUUGGUUUCUCUUACCUAGCAAGAUGCGGCCGGAAUCAAGGAAGAGCCAGGUGAAAAAGAUUGAUUUUUGGGGUGUCCUCACCUCGACAAUUGCGAUUAUCUUUGUUCUGAUCCCUGUAUCGGGAGGGGGCCUGUAUUUCCAAUGGAACUCGCCUAUGGUAAUCAGUAUGUUGAUCAUCGGAGGAUGUUCAUUUGUGGCGUUUUUAUUCAUAGAAUGGAAGGUUGCUGCGUUACCGAUGAUGCCUCUGUCUCUAUUUAAAAGCCCAGUGAUUACGGCACUGUUCGCACAGAGCUUUCUUCUCGGAGCUGCCUAUCAGUCUUUGCUGUACUAUUUGCCACUGUACAUCCAGAACGGACGGGGCUGGUCACCUAUCCAGUCUGCGCUUCUCACAAUGCCAAUGGUACUGCCUCAAUCCAUGGCGUCUAUAAGCUCGGGGCUGUAUAUGUCACGCAGAAACAGAUACCUUGAAGUGAUUUGUACUGGAUUUGCUCUGUGGCUCCUAGGAUCUGGUUUAACCCUAAUGUUUGAUGACAGCACUUCUAAGGGUGUGAUUUGUGGCGUGCUCGUCGUUGUCGGUGGAGGCAUUGGUUGUACAUUCCAGCCAACUUUAGUCGCUAUGCAAGCCCAUACCACCAUGGCGAAGCGCGCAGUUGUCAUCUCUGUUCGCAACUUCUUCCGCUGUGGAGGUGGUGCUGUUGGGUUGGCUGUCUCAGCAGCGAUCUUACAAGCCGUUCUCAAGCGGAACUUGCCCGCUGGGUACGAAUAUCUCGCUCAUUCUACGUAUGCAACCCCAGACCGAAGUUCGGUUCCAGCAGCAGAUUGGGACGCUAUCGUGAACGCAUAUGUGAAGGCGUCGCAUGCGGUAUUCAUUUUCCAGGUUCCAUUAGUAGGAUUGUGUUUGUUGUGUUGCGUUUUCAUCCGGGACAAGGGAUUGAAUAAACCAGAGGAGAAAAAUACACAAAAAGAGACGCCAAAAGCUGCCACGGAAUCUACGGCCACAACGCAAGUUGACGUAGAAAUGGAGGCAGUAGAAGGUGAAGACAACUUUGGCCAUAACGUGCCAGGGCAAUCGGAUGAAAAAGAAAAGGACGCCAUGUGUCUUGUCACGAGCCCUGCUCUUGAAGUGACGGCUGAGAAAACACGAUCAUAAAAUGAAUGAUCUGGAAUUAUUGCUUCCUUUUUAUUAAAAGUUGAAAAAAGAGAAAUCGGUAAAUAAUAAUUAUCAUGACGACACGACAUCGAGUAUUAUGCGAGAAGCCUUGCUGGCCAACUUAGAACCAAGUCAUAGGGUUCAUGUUAUUGAUAAAGACACAACAUUGUAUAUAGACAGAUGUCCUUCUAAUCCAAAUCUUAAACUAAUCAACUCCAAUGGAACAAUCAUCGAUAUA